GCUGAGCUGAAGCAGGCGAGCGCGUAUCAGCACUGCCUACGGACUAUUUCACGGUAACACUCUCCAAAAUUGCUGCCUGGGACGACUUUUAAAGUCUUUUUUACUUAAAAGGGAAGGAAACGCGCAGGUAGAUCUGGAAUGUUGUCAGUUGGACGUUGACUGCGCGAACCGGAGAGCUUAGACAGCGAAGCGAUCCUCGGUGCGGGUCAGCACAUCUCACCCGACAAACUGAAAAAGGAGGAGAGGCCAAAAAGAAAACUGCAACUGGGGGAAAAGUGUCUACAAUCCUCGCGGAUUGUCGCAACGUCGAAGAUUAUCGGGGCACGAUGGCCACGGAGGAACUCUACGAGGUGGAGAGGAUAGUGGGCAAACGAAAGAACAAGAAGGGGAAGACCGAGUACCUGGUCCGCUGGAGAGGCUACGGCUUUGAGGGAGACACCUGGGAGCCGGAAAGCCAUCUGUCCAGCUGCAUCGAGUUCAUCCACGAGUUUAAUCGUCAGCACACCGAGAAGCAAAAAGAUGGAACUUUCCUCCGUUCCACGCGCAGCUCACCCGGAGGCAACACUAGCAUCAAUGCCCGCAAACAGAUCAGCAGGCCCCAGCAACCCAGUCCUAACACGCUGAAGACCUCUCCGUCCACCCCAAGCGCACCUUCCAGCAGCUCCACAAAACAACAUCAACCACAACAGCAUUCGCCAAGCGACAGCGAUUCCAAGGUGGAUCCACAGCAACAGAAGAACAAGCGUUCAGCUAGCACGAAUAGCACCGGAGUAACAAGCCCGAUCGCCGCCACGGGCCUGACCGCCACACCAACCCCCACCAUGAGCACGCUACGCCGCAGUAUGGACCUGGCUAAAUCAGGCAUCAAAAUUCUAGUGCCAAAGAGCCCAAUGCACAAUCGCACAGAUGCUGAGGAGUCUCCCAGCGAAGCGGCGCACAGUCUGGAAGAGGGAAGCCAAGAGCCGGAUGCGGUGCCCCCUGAAGUAGCCCUGCUGGAGAAACCCGUGGGAGCUGUACGGUUACCAGGGGAGGAGCGGGCUCGUAUGGGCACUAGGCCCAGGACGCAAACAGCCCUUCCACCACCACACAUACCAAUCACGCCAGCUGCCGUUCGUACGUUGAACGGGAAAGGCGUGACGACUCUCAUGGAGGCUUCCUCAGCAAACGGAACAGCCAUCACACAAAGUGCUGCGGCAGGAGCGAUGGGCAGCUCAGGGCUGACGGGGAAACGGCGUUUUGAGGACCGGGCGACUUUCGACAAGCGGCUGCGCUUUAGUGUUCGUCAAACCGAGAGCGCUUACCGCUACAGGGACAUUGUAGUUAAGAAACAAGAUGGCUAUACACACAUUCUGUUUUCUACAAAGACCUCUGAAAACAACUCACUAAAUCCUGAUGUAAUGAAGGAGGUUCAGAGUGCCAUGGCGACGGCUGCAGCUGAUGACAGUAAACUCGUGCUUCUAAGCGGUGUGGGAACCUACUUCUGCUUCGGCCUUGAUUUCAUUUACUUCAUCGGACGGCUCACAGAUGACAGGAAAAAAGAAAGCAUCAAAAUGGCAGAGACAAUCAGAACAUUUGUCAACACGUUCAUCCAGUUCAAGAAGCCCAUCAUUGCUGCUGUGAACGGACCUGCUGUCGGGCUCGGAGCGUCCAUCUUGCCCUUAUGUGAUGUGAUCUGGGCCAAUGAGAAAGCUUGGUUUCAGACUCCUUAUACAACCUUUGGCCAAACCCCAGAUGCCUGCUCCUCUUUAACAUUUCCUCUCAUCAUGGGAGUAGCAUCGGCUAAUGAGAUGAUAUUGAGUGGGAGGAAGCUGACUGCUCAGGAGGCUUGUGCCAAAGGACUCGUGUCCCAGGUUCUGUGGCCAGGCACCUUCACACAGGAAGUCAUGGUUCGCAUUAAGGAGCUAGUAUCUUGUAAUUCAGUUGUUCUGCGCGAGUCCAAAGCGCUGGUGCGGAACAUUAACCGGACCGCCCUGGAGCAGGCCAACGAGAGGGAAUGUGAGGCACUUAAGAGGGUCUGGGGCUCUCCUCAGGGAAUGGACUCCAUACUCAAAUAUCUCCAGAAGAAAAUAGAUGAAUUCUAAGUUGUCUCUAUGUCCUGCGGGUGUGAAAACCUCCAGAUUUGUCUGCGGACACCAUCCUCAAGUGCCUAAAGUUGAUUUAUUUGGAGAAGGAUUUGUCAGUGGUGAAUCUUCAUUGCAACACUUCUUUAUGGUUGUUUGUUUUCUUAAGAAGAAUUCCAGAAAGACUGGCGUGGUCUAACCCGCACCCUUCGUCCAGGACGUAUUUCCUUUUCAUCAGACUGCAAAGAGCAGCAUGUCUUUCUGAUAAUUUAAUUCAAUGUUUGUGAUAAAUCUCGCACGUCUUUCUCCAGGCACUGUGCAGAAGGAAACAUUUUCACUCGACACCACGCAAAUUCCUGUCAUCCUUUAGCUUUAGCUCUGUUGUAUCAGAGCUGCUUCCAAAUGUAUGACGACUAAUAACAACACAGUCCUUUUGUGAUUGAAAAAAAGAUUUUGAUUACAUUUAAUCACCCGACUUAUGCAGUUUGACUUUUUUAGUAGGUAAUAGGUACUUUUAUUACAUAGUUUUCAUGACCGUAGAAUCAUCUCAAGCCAUGUUAACCUUGAACAUUCAGAGAAAUCUUGCAUUUACGUUGAUCAGCCUGUUGUAGUCAUAUUGGCUGUAAGAAUGGAUACUCCCUUUUUGUCGGGUAGAAAAGCAUCAGUGCUUCUAUAACGUCAACAUACACUUAAGAUUAAAGAGCAUAUUACGACACAAUUAAUGAAUGUUUUAAAAUGAAAAUGUUUGAUUUUAUUUAUGUAAAAGAGCAUGCUCAGUUUAAAUUCGCGUUCAUGUUCGUAUGGAUUAAGCAUAGACUCUGUCUUAGCAACAAUUAGCUAUUUCUAUUCAAAUGUUAACUCUUCUAAGUUUUGAUAGCUUUGAAGUUUUCAUCCUUUUUAUGGGUUAGUAUCUAUGUUUUCAGCUUACAAACUAUUUGCUUUGGAGUAACAUUAUACCACCAAAUAUCGUUGAUGUAAAUGUUCACAAUAUUCCUAAUUUAACAAUAGUAAUUUAUGAUAAAUUCAUUAGUCAAUAAAGGAUGCUGUGUUUUUGUGUGCAUCCUUGUAGCUGUUUUGAACAACUGGACUGCUGUAUUAUCAGAAGAGCCCUGGAGAUUGAACAUAUCUAAGAUCCUGCUGAAAUCAAUGUUGCCUUAUACACCCCCCCAAAAAAUGACUUGCUAGAGUGAACUGUUAUUAGAUCUGAAUGACUAAGUUUAAUGUUUUUUUUAAUAAUAAAAGGUGGUUGAAGUAAGUUACAAAAAGAGAUUUAUCACAUUCUAUCCAUAGGAUGUGACUGCAAGAUGUAUUGCCUAUAAAAAAAAAAACAGUAUGAUUUUGUUCAGCAAUUAAGUAUCCAG